AUGGCGACGGUUCCGAGCUCCUCUUUGGCGCACUGGCCGGACGACCUGCUCCUGCGGCUCGUGAAGGACCUCGACCUCUGUGACAUUAUCAACCUUCUUGCAGUGAGGACCUCUCCAUUGACGAAAGGGGCCCGUUCGCUUGCUGACGGCCAUUGGCAGACCUGCCGGGCCUUCCGUGCACUGCAAGAAUACCGCACGCUCUGGCUCGACGCGGUGGCGCUUAUUCAGCGUGUCAAGCUCCAUCCACUCCCCCUCACCGAAGCCGAAACUGAAACAGUGCCCCUCGCGCGGCUCCAGCAGGUCGUGCGGCGGGCAAACUGGCUCUUGAAGAACCUGCACUCCGAGGCGCCUCGGCCCACGUGGACGCGCGUAUUGGAGAUUGGCAAGCCGGGGAAGAUCUUGUGUGUUCCGGGGACACAUCUUGUUGUCCUCGUCGAGAAGGGCACCGGCGCUGUGUCGUGCUGGGACACGCAGACGGGGCAGCGUGUGGGCGCGAUUCACGUCCCGCAUCUGAGAAUAUCCAUGGUCGCCUCAGGUCUACGGGACGAUGGGCGGGCCGUUCUCGGAGGGAUAGCGGUCCUUCCAAACGCAGACGAUACUACUAGUACCCGGCUCGCCGUUCUUGUGCUGGACUUCACCGACCGAGCGCAUGUCACCUUCGAGCCGAUCAUGUCACCGCCGUUCCGGCUAACCGGGGACUCGGACUCUGACUCGGACGCGGACUCUGACGCCCACACGGACGAGUCUUUGUUCCUCAGUGAAACGCUCUUCGGCCUGGCCUCCGCCUCGCGGAUCUGUUACUGGACGCUGGACCCCGAAGCGCCGGUGUGCAAUAUUCCCAACCCGUGGGCGGAUGAGAUGACCCCGUACCAUUCCAUCUCCCGCUACGUCCACCUGCCCGAGCCUGCCGGUACCGGUGCCGGUCCCGGACUCGGCCGCCUCCGCAUCUUCAGCCUCACCGACUGGCCCGCGACGUUCACCGACACCGUCCCGCUGCGGGCCGACCGGGGCGUCCCCCGUCGCGGCGCCGCGCUCGAGGCGAUCGUCCGGUUCGACACCGAGUACGAGAAGGCGGUGUUCCGCCCGUACGGCGACGCCAAGUACGACGUCAUGGAGUACAACGCGCCGCUCGUCGUGCGGCCCGCGUACCGCGUGUGCGCCGUCGGCUGGCGCCAGUUCAGUGCGAACAGCGGGCCCGAGAUCACGGCGACGCAUUUUUUCCGGGCCCCGGAGGCAAUGCCGCGGACCGACGCCGACGGCCCGGCCGACGCCGACGCCGACGCCGAUGUUGAUGGCGAUGACGAGGACACCGCCGGAACCCAAAACGGGAAGCCGCACGCAACGUGCUACGCGCACCCGGCGCCCGUGAUGGCGCAUGUUGUCGGCACGUCGGGCCGCUACGUCCUGCAGCUCGUCGGCGCGUCGCACACCCGGGGCGCCGAGGUCCCCGGAGCGGACAGACAGCUGGCGCUGCUGUUCCUCGACCGGGCGGACCGGCCGCAGUUCCGCAUGCUGCCGCUGGAGGGUGAGGCGGCGCGCUGUUUGGAGUACGACCGCUGUCCGCCUUCCCACGUGGUGCGUGGGGCGUAUAGCAUCGCAUUCGAUGAUACGCUCGGGCUGGUGAUGUUCUUGGAUGCGAUGGGGACGCUGACGGUGGUUUCAUAUAUGUAA